AUGAGUGUUGAAUUGUUUCCAAAUGAUAGGUUCGGUGCAGCAGACAAGUACGAUGGACUUAAAGACGCCGUAGAAGAAUGCUCCUGGCUCAUCGAAGAAAUUGUCAAACCACAAUUGCCCAAUAUCAUUGACAAUUUUUCUAAAUGCCUGGAAAUGCUAGAGAGUGACCAAAUAUUCAAGAUGCCCGUAUCUAAUGGUAUUCCGAACGAAAGUAGCAAACAAAAUGACUCCCCGACGGUAAAGGGUGUUAUCACAAGGCAAGGUCAAUAUAUUAUUGACUUUCACAUUGUUGUCAGAUUCCCACAAUUCCAAAGGGGUAAGCAAGUAAUCUUCCGAAUGAAUACUGGACUGAAUUUCUUGCUUAUUCAAUUCAGUAAGAUAAUGACUCACUUGAAAAACAUUCUGGAAAUAUUGAAUCAACUUCAACUGGCUACAGAUGUCAGCGAAUUCGUAUCAAAAUUUGGUGUGGCCAUGGAACUGUUAAACCAUUCUUUGAUACUUUUACAAAACCCUCCUAGGGAUUUGGUGUUUCCAGAAGAUAACAACUUUGCUAUGAAGGAAAUGUUUCAAGACUGCUAUUCAGUCUGCGAAUCCACAGCUCAUAUCUUAGGCCUCGAACUUACGCUUUGCAAGAAUGAGCUCUGUAUAGAACUAAGGAAUCUUAUCAAAGUGACUAAGAAACCUUGGUGCGAGAUUGAUAGUAAAACCGGCAAGUCAUUUUGUGACGAGAUAAGAAAUCAAGUAACAAAUGAAAGACACAAAACUUUGUCUAAAAUCCUCUCAGAGAACGGCAUACAAGUCCAGGAUUCCACGCUACUAAAUCACAUAAUUUCUUCUUUCCAAAGUGAAGCCAUAACACUUCCCGAAGCCCAAGAAUUAUUAAGAAGAGGCGUCACUUUUGAUAAUAGGGUAGUCAUGGAAUGUGAAAAGUUAAUAGUAUCUACGAGCGACCCAACUCUGAUCAGUAUAAGCGCCAAAUUGAACAGUCUCAAAGCUGCGAUGGCAAACCAUCAAGCCAAUUUGAUAGCUAGCAAACAGUUAAGUACAAAUAAGUAA